AUGACUCACGAACUGGAUUGUAUAUUUGCAGACUUGGGUUUGACCCAGUACCUCGAUGCCUUUAUUCAUCAAGGAUUCGAUGCCUGGGAUAUCAUACUCGAUAUUCAGGAAUCAGACCUAGAUGCUCUAGGGGUAAAACUGGGCCACAGGAGGAAGCUACAACGGCGAAUUGCCAACGCGAGAGGCAUUGCUCCGAGCGCUUCGCUAGCAUCGUCGACCAAAUCUGGCUCCGAUGAGAAGCAGGAUGGAUUGAGUCGUGAUUCACCACGCACCGACGGUACCUCGGAAACCAAUGGCGUCACAAAGAGAAAGUACCGGCGCCACCCGAAACCAGACGAGAAUGCCCCUGAACGGCCGCCGUCGGCAUACGUUUUAUUCUCCAACAAGAUGAGAGAAGACUUGAAAAGUCAGAACCUCACGUUUACCGAGAUUGCAAAGCUGGUGGGGGAAAACUGGCAGAGCCUGCCACCUGCCGAGAAGGAGAUUUACGAGAACCAGGCCAAUUCUGCCAAGGAGAAAUACCACCAAGGGCUGACGGCGUACAAGAAGACGGCAGAGUACCGCAAGUAUGCACAGUACCUCCAUGACUUUAAGGAGAGACAAAGCAGGCAGUACAAAGGUCAAGACGCUUCCAAGAGAAGCAAAAUCGAGCCCCCCAGGCUGCGCCACGGUAGCACAAGCAGCAGCGCACCGCCUACCACGACAAACUCGAGCGCAAGCGGCAGCAGCAGUGAGCGACUGCAGGGGAGCGAACCGCCACCCACAAGGCGAGAGCGAGUCAACUCGUCGGCGUCGGUGGCCGGGUCCCAGUAUUCCUCCGCCGCCCCGACGCCCAUGUCAGGCCCCAACUCAUUCGACGAUGCUGCCCUGUCCCCACGGAUAGCGCAGUUUGACAACGGAAGCCCGACAGACCCUCGGCAUCGCCACUCGAGGCAUCCGUCCUCGCUGCGCGGUGACGCAAGACCCGAGUCGGUGCAUCAGCACCUGCCGUCUCUUUCCGACAUGCUGGACGUCAGACAAACGGGCGUGAGCCACCACCCUCACCCAGCCGCCGCACCGGAAGGCCUCUCGUAUGCUUGCAGCCCGACCGGCGGUGCCAGCCUGGCUCGGCCGUUGUUCGGUGGCGGCGGUCCCGUAAUGCCGGUGGGGCGACCUCCGCCCCUGCGCCAUGAAUCCUCGUCCAACAGCACCAGCGCCUCGGGCAGCUCGGGCAGCUCGGGCAGCUCGGGCGGCUCGGUCGGGAGUUACGGCCGGUCGAUUGGAGAAGGACCUCUCCCCAUCCACGCCCUACUCUCGGACCGGCCCGACGAUGCCAUGUCCAACUUUGAAAGACGUCUCAGCCCAGUAGUAUCCACCAACGAACCGAGCGCAGCCGGCAAGAAUAAUAUGGCCAUGGGUUUUGCUCACGGCCCAAGCGGAUACGGCUUCCAAUCGGACUCAUCGCCGUUCCAACACAUGAAGGUUGAGCAAUCAAGCGAAGGCGACGUGUUGAUGACGACGGAUGAAACUUUGCCCCGACCAAAGUUAAGCCGCGGCGGGAAGAAUAGGCUGGACGGGAUGGAUGCCUUGCUGCGAGCUGGCGAGAUUGUCGGGCGCAAUGUUCGCCGCUGA